UUUCUCUCUCUACACAUUACCCCCUUCCUUCCUUUUUUCUCUCUCUCCCUCCCUCUCUCUCUCUAGAAAUCUUCGGACUCCAUCGACAGAUUCCUCCAUAUCGGAUCCAAUUUCUAUUCCAUUCCAUUCCUUCCAUGUCAUCUGCAUUCAUUCGAUAGAAUACCGACGCUAAAGGCGAUUUGAUUAAUUCGAUCCACGGACACUGGCUCUGUUGUCUCUCUCUCUCUCUCUCUCUCUCUCUCUCUCUCUCUCUUCAAACUCUGUCGAUUGGCGUUCGUUUGGAGUAAAAGUUCGGGUUUUUUGGUAUUUCAAUCAGGUUGUGUUCUUCCACUUGUUAAUUUGUUUGAUUCCGUUCUUUCGGAUUGGUUUUUGUGUUGUGGUUACGUCAAUUUAGGUAUCGGUUUUGAACGUUAGGGCGUUAUUAUUCGUUGAUUCUUUAUUUGUACAGUGUUCGUUUUUAAUCAUCUCACGCGGUCUAUAUUUUGUAUUAUAGCUGAUACAAGAAACUCUGUGAAAUUUUGGCGCGUUGUUUUAGUUUGCCCCCAAAAUUGAGGGUUUUCUUGUUAAUAUCUUACGUAUGUUCUACUUUUGUUAACUUUAGGUAUAGGUAAUCAUCCCCAAAAUAAAGAGUUUGAAAAAUAAAACGAUUAAAAAAAUCAGCGACUUCUUCCUCUUUUCCUAUUUCGUUUUGUCAUUUAGUUCGUCUCAGUUUCCUUGAUUUCGGUUUCAUCUCCGGCGAAAUCACAACUUCUUAUUAGGGUUAUAGAAAAUGGCAUUGAAUUUUUCUCAGCGUCCGAUUUUCCCUGCUCAUACGUCGGAAGACAAUUUGGUUUCACCACUGAGAAUGGUGAACGGUGGGUAUGGUGUUGAAGGCAUGUCGGAUAAAGGGGGAGAUGCUUAUGGAAAGCCAAGACAUGGUCAUGUUCAUGGAGAAUUACAUGAUCGAUUCAGCCAUGGAAGAGAGAUAAUCGACAAGAGUGGCUCACCAGAUUCUGUAUCAAAAGAUAUCAUUGACAUGUUGCCAUCUGAUCCAUUUGGCAUGGAUAUUGACAUCAGUACCACUUUUACCGCCAUUACAGGAUGGCUGGGUGAUUUGGAAAUGGAUUAUGGCGAAUACAUGAGGAACAGAAUCACAAAUCACAAGGAAGAUUACGGGCUAUUUGCAGGUUUUAAUUUCUUUUGGAGCAGUGCUAUGAGGUUCCAAUCUUUUCCUACCAAUUUCAUGUAUCAAGAUAAAUGUCCUACUUCUACUCCUACUCCUACUCCAACAUCAUAUACGAUAGUUGAUCAACACAAUGUAGAUGUCAUAAUGUCUUUCGAUCAUGGGAGUCCAAGUGUUCUUGUCCCAAAAUCAGAAGAAUUUGUAAAUAUUUCGUCAUCUUGUCCUGAUGUUAUUGGAGGAGAACCUCACGAGGCUUUUGUUCUAGCUCUUAGUUAUCUUCAAACUAGAGACCUUUUAUUGGUGGAACGUGUUUGUAGAUCUUUAUGUUCCACCAUUCGUAACGAUUCUCUUUUAUGGAGAAAUCUUCACAUUGAUCAGCCAUUGAAUGAGAGAAUCACCGAUGACAUUCUUGUUCAGUUAACCAAUAGGGCUGAAGGUAAUCUACAGUGUCUCAGCUUAAUAAAAUGCCCCAAAAUCACUGAUGAUGCUCUCAAACGUGUUCUCAAAACCAAUCCAAAGUUAACCAAGUUAUCUGUUCCUGGAUGCACAAGACUCACAAUCGAGGGAAUCUUAAACAAUCUAAAAUCCUUUAAUUCAAUUGCUGAAUCCGGUGGAAUUAAACACAUAAGAACAGAAUCGGAUGAUGAUCGAGCAAUAGAUGUUGAAGUGUGCCCUAGAUGUCAAAAUCUGAGGCUUGUUUACGAUUGUCCAGGUGACAGCUGUCAAGAAAAGAAAGAUGAAUGUCCUGAUUUUUGUAGGGCUUGCAUAAUUUGCAUACCUCGGUGUUGUGAAUGUGGGAGGUGUGUGCACAAUAGUGAGUAUGAAGAAACGUUUUCAUUGGAGUAUCUUUGUUCAGAGUGUUUGAAACAGCUGCCACGUGGCUAG